AUGGAACUCCGCACAUACUCGCUUGGAUACAAGCCCCCUACUUUCAGCGCUGUAUAUGCUGAUUAUGUCGUGUAUGAGCAGUAUCGUCAUGAGUUUAUGAAUCAGCCUCGUGCAAGAGCUGCGCUUCUUCACAAGGGGCUCGUAUGGCGGUUAGCUUUACAUAGCAUUGGUUUUGAUGCACUCCCGUCAGUUCUUGAUGGCAUCUCGCGGGAAGCUGUUCCAUUCGGCCUCAUGUUGUCCAUUGAUGGCCAGACUAACUUCGACGACGAGUUGUCGGAGGAAGAGGUGGAUUUUAUUUGCGGGACGUAUUACAUAUACGACAAUGCUGGAAAUGUAGGAAAGAUCUCUUGGUGGCCUAGACCUCAGGCUUGGGCUACGUCUGGAUUGAACGUGGGGUUCUGGUCCACUCGAUGUGAACACUGGUUCCAGAAACGCCUCGACAAUAUUCGAGACGGUGUUUCCCGAAACCGACAUUUAUCUACCAAUGACGUUAAUGGUCCAAUGACCAACUCACAGUGGAAAACCUCUAUCAAGUUCAAUACAGGCACGAACAAAAUGAGAAAGAAUGUUCACGCGACAUGCUGCAGUUUUCUUGCUACCAAAGCAAACGGUAAGAACAUUUUUCUGUUGUCACUUUCACUUGCACAUUUCUGA